GGGGGAGCUCUUAGCAGCCGAGGGAAGGAGGGGUCCCUUCUCCCCCCACUCCCGAGCCCGACCCAAAAGGUCUUGAGGGGUUGGGGUUGGACUUGCAGGAUCAGCAAUGAAUGGGGGGGGGGGGUAGCAUUGCGGAAGAGAGCAGGGAGCUCAGGCUGCCGGUGGGGGGGGGGGGGAGAGCUGGUCCCUGUCUUUGCAGAGGAAAGAGAUUUCCUCCCCUCACCCCGACAUCCGCAAGGCCAAAUUUCCCUGCUGGGUUUCCCCCCCCCCCCCCCAACACGGCUUCUUUGCUGAGCUGAUUCCGGACGCUGGUCCAUCGGUCCAGUGUGAAGCUUGGGGGGCGGGGGGAGCAGUCCUCCCUCGCUGGAAAUUUCCCAUUCCACCUGUUCCCCCCUCCCUCCCUCCUACUCUCCCUCCCUCCCUCCCCCUCUCCCUCCCUCCCUCCCUCUUUUCGUUGCAUUCUUGCUGGCCCAUCGAGCCCAGAGAAGAGGGAAUGGGUUGGCUGCCCGGAGCCCCCUUUUCUCCUGCCUCCUGGGGGAUGGGGGCGAGGGGGCCGGCUGCGGGGGAGGGGGAGGGGGAGGAGGAGGAGGGCUAGCCUUCCCCCCGCCCCCCCUCCAGGCAACCACGCUGGACCCCUGCCCUGGCAGCCGCCUGCUCCGUCGAGGGCAUCCCUGGUCCAGCAGAGCCCGAGGAGGCGGCGGCGGCGGCGGCGGGAGAGAGGGACCCCCCAGCCCGUGAGCCUCAACCUGAGCGGCGGCGCCGGGGCCCGGGGCGCGCACCUGGGGGGCCAGCCCUCCCGCUCACCUGCGUGGCCCCCGGGGGAUCAUGUUCGUGUCAGUGUGGUAUGCCAAGAAAAUGGGACGGCGCUUCAUUAGCAACGUGCGCAAAGCCAAGAAGACCAGGAGCCUGCUCACAGCCAAUUCUCCACCGGUGAUAGUCAACACAGAUACCUUAGAAGCACCAGCUUACGUGAGUGACUCGGAAAUUCAGUCCCCACCAUCCUAUCCGUGCCCUUCGCUGUCUUUCCUUCCUCCAAAGGUCAAUGGAACAGAAGGCGAAAUGGAGUAUGAAGAGAUCACACUAGAAAGGGGUAACUCUGGGUUGGGGUUCAGCAUCGCCGGGGGCACCGAUAACCCCCAUGUGGGGGACGACCCGAGCAUCUUCAUUACCAAGAUCAUCCCUGGUGGGGCAGCAGCACAAGAUGGACGACUCAGGGUGAACGACAGCAUCCUUUUCGUGAACGACGUGGAUGUGCGGGAGGUGACCCACAGCACAGCCGUCGAGGCGCUCAAGGAGGCCGGCUCGAUCGUGCGCCUCUACGUCAUGCGCCGGAAGCCCCUCGCCGAGAAAGUGAUCGAGAUCAAGCUGAUCAAAGGACCCAAAGGUCUGGGCUUCAGCAUCGCGGGAGGGGUCGGGAACCAGCACAUUUCCGGGGACAACAGCAUCUACGUUACCAAAAUCAUCGAGGGGGGCGCUGCCCACAAGGACGGACGUUUGCAGAUAGGGGACAAGAUUUUGGCGGUAAAUAACGUGAGCUUGGAAGACGUGAUGCAUGAAGAUGCCGUGGCGGCGCUGAAGAACACGUACGACGUGGUCUACUUGAAGGUCGCCAAGCCUUUGAAUGUUUAUCUGAAUGACUCUUACGCUCCACCCGACAUCACUUCCUCCUACUCCCAGCACCUGGACAACGAAAUUGGCCACCAGAGUUACCUGGGCAGUGACUACCCACAAGCCAUGACUCCUACCUCCCCACGGAGGUACUCCCCCAUCCCAAAGGAGCUGAUGGGAGAGGAGGAUAUACCCAGGGAACCCCGUCGCAUCGUCAUUCACCGCGGCUCAACAGGGUUGGGCUUCAACAUUGUGGGGGGUGAAGACGGCGAGGGGAUUUUCAUCUCCUUCAUCUUGGCCGGGGGGCCCGCCGACCUCAGUGGGGAGCUGCGGAAGGGGGACCAGAUCCUCUCGGUUAAUGGUGUGGAUCUCAGGAACGCUACUCACGAGCAGGCAGCCAUCGCCCUGAAGAACGCGGGCCAGACGGUCACCAUCAUUGCCCAGUACAAACCGGACGAAUACAGCCGUUUCGAAGCCAAGAUCCAUGACCUCCGGGAACAGCUGAUGAACAGCAGUUUGGGCUCAGGGACGGCGUCGCUGCGAAGCAACCCCAAAAGGGGGUUCUACAUCCGGACGCUCUUCGACUACGACAAGACCAAGGACUGCGGCUUCCUCAGCCAGGCCCUGAGCUUCCAUUUUGGCGACGUCUUGCACGUGAUCGACGCCUCGGAUGAAGAGUGGUGGCAGGCGCGGCGCGUCCAUCCGGACGGGGACAGCGAUGAGAUCGGCUUCAUCCCCAGCAAGAGACGGGUCGAACGACGAGAAUGGACGCGGCUAAAAGCAAAGGAUCGGGUGUCGGGAUCGGGCUCUCAAGGUCGAGAAGAUGCUGUCCUGAGCUACGAGACUGUCGUUCAAAUGGAAGUGCACUAUGCCCGCCCCAUCAUUAUCUUGGGCCCCACCAAGGACCGAGUGAACGAUGACCUCCUCUCCGAGUUCCCGGACAAAUUUGGCUCCUGUGUGCCACAUACCACACGGCCCAAGCGGGAGUACGAGGUAGACGGUCGGGACUACCAUUUUGUGGCCUCCCGGGAGAAGAUGGAGAAGGACAUCCAAGGCCACAAAUUCAUCGAGGCCGGCCAGUACAACAGCCACCUGUACGGGACCAGCGUCCAGUCAGUGCGGGAGGUGGCUGAGCAGGGCAAGCACUGCAUCUUGGAUGUCUCGGCCAACGCCGUCCGGCGGCUUCAGGCGGCUCAGCUCCACCCCAUUGCCAUCUUCAUCCGGCCCCGAUCCCUUGAGAAUGUCCUAGAAAUAAACAAACGGAUAACAGAGGAGCAGGCGCGGAAGGCCUUUGACAGAGCUACGAAGCUGGAGCAAGAGUUCACAGAGUGCUUCUCAGCCAUUGUAGAAGGAGACAGCUUCGAGGAGAUCUACCACAAGAUCAAAAGAAUCAUAGAGGAGCUGUCCGGCCCUUACAUCUGGAUCCCUGCUCGCGAGAGACUUUAAAGAGCUACAAACUGAUUAUUCUGGAAGGGAUCGCAAAAAAAAAAAAAAAGAGAAACAAACCACCGACUGGAUGAUAGAGCAGUCUCUGGACAGGAGGGGCUGCCUCGGUCUCUUGCCACUGAACUUAGCUGUUUGGUUAAUAUUUUGGGGGUGGGGGUGGGGUCUCUGGGAAUGGGCUUCUUUUGUUUCUUCUGAAUAUUAUUCUCUUCUUUUCUUUUCUUUCCUUUUUUCUUCUUGCGCGAUCCAGCCGCCCCACCCUGGUCCCAGUUUUGAACACUCCCUUUUUUUAUUUCCACAGCAGAGGGGGGGGGGGUCCUCCAUCCUCAACAGCGCUAGCGCAUGCGUGCUGUAAUUUGGGGGGGGGCAAAAUCGGUGGGGGAGGCAGCAAGAGGCUGUUUCUUCGAUCCUUACGUCUUUUGUCUUAUAAGGCGGAGAGGUGGAUGUUCGCUGUGUAGAUAGUGAAUCGGAGGAAGACCGAGAGCAAAGCGAGGGGUCGGGAAAUACAUAGAGAUAUAUUUUUAAACUAAACAUUUCUGCAAUCUGAAGCCACUGUACCUUCUCUGGUGUGUGUGUGUGUGGGGCGAUCGGACCCCCACUUUGCAGUGAAUUGUGAACAGGACAAAGUUUGGCAAGCAGUGUUGGUCGCCUCUGACUUUGGUAGUCUGCAAGGGAGCAGAGAGGGGAGGGGAGGGGGAUGCAAUUUAAAGGGGAGGACCUCAGCACAGAGAGGGAAAUGUGAAAGAAAUCCUCCAUAUGUUUGCUUUUUUGAACAUGUAUUAAGACCCGCUCCCUCCCUUCCCUGGGACGGAAAAAACGGCCUUUCACUUCUCUCUCUGUUUUUGGCAGAGGUGGUGACUCAAGCAAGCACAGAUCCAGGACUGGGGGUUAGCCAGGAGAUCUUGCUUGCAAGUAUAGCCCUGUUGACUUGGGGAUACAUAAGAUAUAAAUAUAUAUAUAUAUAUAUAUAAUUAUAUUUUAUUAUUAUUUAUUAUUCUGGUUCUUUUCUCGUUCAACUUCCUCCGUUUUUUUCUCUCUCUCGGUUUUUUUCCCCCCCUCUUCAGUGCAUGAAGGUGAAUCGUGGCUUCAAAACUUUAAAACAGAGAAAAAAUGACAAAACAGAAAAAGAAAUUUUAACCAUUUGCUGGUUUAGGAAACUAUAUAUAUAUUUUUUUUUUCCCGGGGAAGAGGGAAAGGGAGGAGGGAAAAGGAGAAGAAAAAGAGAGAAGAUUUUAAAAAAAGAGAGUUUUUUUUCAAUGUCCUGUGACUAUUUUUGGGGUCAUAUCAAGUAUUUUGGUGCGGCUGUGUGUGAUGUAUGAAAAAAAAAAUUACCCAGGAGGAGAAGCGGGCGGGCAAAAUAUAUUUCAGAGGGACUGAUUUACUUUCACGUUUGAAAACUUUAUAAUUUCCAAAUCUAAUGGAUUAAUUAUUAUUUUUUGUAUAUAAAGACAAAAAAAAGGAUGGACUUGGGGGGGCUGGAGACAUUUUGACCCCCUCUGCCACCCGUGCUCCAGCUGUCCUGCCCCCCCCCCCCCCCGCAAGAGACGCAUUCCCCCGCCUCUACUUUAGCUAAACAGGUUGAAGCGGGGAGGGAUGUGCGGAAGAGAAAGACUGGUUGCAUUUUUUAAAAAGAAGACAUUUAGAUAGCUGCUGGGAAGUUCAGCAACGAGAGACUUCCUUCUGGUUGUCUGAGCUAAGAAACUGCAUUCUCUGCGCCUGUCUCCCACCCCUCAAAAAAACAGGCCAAGCGUCCAGUUCUUGCUAUUGCAGGGACAAAAUAUUAGAGGAAGGAGUUUAAAAACUUAAUGUUUAGAAAGCAGGAUCCUGGGUUGGUCUCAGGUGCGGUGGACCUGUGCGUGGAAGGGUUUCUCCCUGGGCCCUUCCGUUUGUCUCGGCUCCUCUUUGAGAAGUAUCCAGCCAAGCAGAGCCCCCCCCCCCCCCCCAACCAGGCAAAAAAGGAAGAUUUAGUGAAGGACCCUGCAAAACCCAGGCGAUGCCCGGCUGCAUUUGGGCUCUCCGGCCUCCACCGGCUUAGGCGGCCAUUCAUGCGCGGGCCGAGAGUUCUGAGCCAUUGCUGCCCUGGCGCCGUAAGGGGGGGGGGGGGACAACAACACAACACUGUGGCAAAGCUGGACGAGGCACCGAUAGGACCGCGUCUGCUUUGCCACAGCCGGGGACCGCUCUGCCACCUGAGCCCGUGGGCUGAAGGGGGAGGCAAGGGCCCAAACUCUUCAGAAGGGAACCAGAUGCCGGGGGUCUCUUCCCCUUGGCCCCUCCCGAGGUCCUGCCUCGGUGCCUCCCGUUCUGCUGACUUGUCAAGGGCUUUUUCGUAGCUGACAGGACCCUCCCCUCCCCACCUCGGUGUUCUGGCAGGGAUGAGGCGGCAGGUCAGACCCCUCCCCCCCCCCACGAGCCCCCCCUCCUCUCCGCUGGAGCAUCAGAAGAACCAGAGCGCGGUCAGAGGCUGUUUCUUGCCAGGGGCCACUAGAGGCUGGUUUGUUGGGGGUGGGUGGGGGGGUGCGGGGCUGGGGGGGGGAGAUAUAAGAGAGUAUUUUGCAUAGAAAUAUUAUCGCCUUCGGCAAAAGAAUAAUUAAAAACCAAUGAAAACCCA